GACAGCAUGUACCGUGUGAGUACUGCAUUUACAUCCAGAAAGAAGUCGACGAGGUAGAUCAACUGUGGAAAUUUAGGAGCUUUUACAGCGAGGUCAAGAGUUGUCGUUGUAUUAAUUUGUCAUACACAUACGUACAAAGGAAAGAGAACAUCAUUUGAAAUGAAGAAGUUAUUGCUGCCGUUGUGCGUGUCAGCACUUUUGCUGAACUCCAUGCUCACAGUGAGAGCUGAUGAAGAGGAUGAUGCCAGUGACAAAAAAGACAAGAAGGAUUCUGUUGGUGUCGUUGUAGGAAUUGACUUGGGCACAACAUACUCCUGUGUUGGGGUGUUUAAGAAUGGACGGGUUGAGAUCAUUGCCAAUGACCAGGGUAACCGAAUCACACCCUCGUACGUCGCUUUCACAGCUGACGGCGAGCGUCUGAUCGGAGAUGCUGCUAAGAACCAGCUGACGGCCAACCCAGAAAACACCAUAUUUGACGUGAAGCGUUUGAUUGGCCGUACCUGGGACGACAGCGCUGUGCAGUCAGAUAUCAAGUAUUACCCAUUCAAGGUCAUCAACAAGAACAACAAACCCCACAUCCAGGCCGAUGUUGGCGACAAAGGCAAGAAGACUUUUGCUGCAGAGGAAAUUUCUGCCAUGGUUUUGGGCAAAAUGAAGGAAAUCGCUGAAGCCUACUUGGGUAAAGAAGUGAAGAAUGCUGUGGUUACUGUUCCUGCUUACUUCAACGACGCUCAGAGACAGGCCACUAAAGACGCCGGAAUGAUCGCUGGUCUGAACGUCAUGAGAAUUAUAAAUGAGCCAACUGCUGCCGCAAUUGCUUACGGUUUGGACAAAAAAGAGGGCGAGAAGAACAUUCUGGUAUUUGACUUGGGUGGCGGAACUUUCGAUGUCUCCUUGCUGACCAUUGAUAACGGAGUGUUUGAGGUCGUCUCUACAAAUGGUGACACCCAUCUGGGUGGUGAAGAUUUCGAUCAGCGUGUCAUGGAACAUUUCAUCAAACUGUACAAGAAAAAGAAGGGCAAGGACAUCAGGAAAGACAACCGCGCUGUUCAGAAACUGCGACGUGAGGUAGAGAAGGCCAAGCGUGCCCUGUCAUCCCAGCAUCAGACCAGAGUUGAGGUCGAGUCCAUGUUUGAGGGAGAUGAUUUCUCCGAAACUCUGACCAGAGCCAGAUUUGAAGAAUUGAACAUGGAUUUGUUCCGAUCCACAAUCAAACCAGUGCAAAGAGUAUUAGAAGAUGCCGAUCUGAAGAAAGACGAAAUUGAUGAGAUCGUGCUGGUGGGCGGUUCCACCCGUAUCCCUAAAGUUCAACAGCUUGUGAAGGAGUUCUUUAACGGCAAGGAGCCAUCAAGAGGUAUUAACCCAGAUGAAGCUGUGGCUUAUGGAGCUGCUGUCCAGGCAGGUGUCCUGAGCGGGGAGGAAGACACCGGAGAUCUUGUCUUACUCGAUGUCAACCCACUCACACUCGGAAUUGAAACUGUCGGUGGCGUCAUGACCAAACUCAUUCCCAGAAACACAGUCAUUCCCACAAAGAAGUCUCAGAUUUUCUCCACAGCCUCCGAUAACCAGCCAACCGUAACCAUCCAAGUGUACGAGGGAGAGCGACCAAUGACCAAAGACAACCACAAUCUUGGAAAAUUUGAUCUCACUGGCAUUCCCCCAGCACCUCGUGGUGUACCACAGAUUGAGGUGACAUUUGAAAUCGACGUCAAUGGUAUCCUGAAGGUGUCGGCUGAAGACAAGGGCACUGGAAACAAGAACGACAUUGUCAUCAAAAACGACCAGAACAGACUGACGCCAGAAGACAUCGAGCGUAUGAUCAAUGAUGCAGAAAAAUAUGCUGAUGAAGACAAAAAGGUGAAGGAAAAGGUUGAAACCAGAAACGAACUGGAAAGCUUCGCAUACUCACUUAAAACGCAGAUUAAUGAUAAAGAAAAAUUGGGCGCCAAGCUCAGCAGUGAAGAUAAAACAACAAUCGAAGAAGCAGUAGAAGAAAAAAUUAAGUGGCUGGAGAGCAACCAAAAUGCUGAGGCUGAAGAUUAUAAACAACAAAAGAAGGAAUUAGAAGAAAUUGUGCAGCCUAUCAUGAGCAAACUUUAUGGAGGUGCUGGUGAAGGCCAAGCGCCACCUGGUGGUGAAGGGGAUGCAGAGAAGGAUGAAUUAUAAAGACUAAAUUCUAUAGAGGAUAUUUAUAAAUUGGUCUUUUUGUGUUUUUUUUGAUUGGGAUGGGUUUGUGGGGGAAAGGGUGUGACGUGAGGGAUAAAUGUGUGGGGUUGGGAUUUGGGAAAGGGAGAGGAUAUGGGGGGGGGGGGGUAACUCUGGGAGGGUCAGGGGACAUAGACAUUAUUUCAACAAUUUUUGUUACGAAAGUGUUCAAAAGAGCGACUGGUUGUUGUUUGUUGUACAUAAGUUUGUAUAUAUCUGAAAACGAAUCAUGAUGUUGUAAAUCUGUUCUGUACUGGACUGAAAAACAUACACAUUCAUGUUCCUAGCUCUCUGUGCUUUGUAGAUAAAGUUCAAGUCUUACAAAAAAUGUAAUCAGCAUGUAACGUAUGUGUACCACAGCUAAAAACCGUUCCUACAAAGGCUGUAGAGAUAAUUUAUAUUUCUGAUACAGAAUUGUCAUUUCGUUGUAAAAAAAAAAAACCAAAACAUCUGAUCAUUUCAACAUUAAAAUGUCAUUCAUACGAAAUAUCUCAA